AUGAGUUUGUCUAGUGAAGCAAAAAAACAUCUUCAUGAAUCAUUACAGCAACAGUGCUUAAAUCAAAAGUUAGCUGAAUAUAAUGAAGCAAAAAGGCUUUUUAUGGGUUUAACAGAUCUUGAUUAUAAACCUGGCCAUAAAAAACAUACGUAUUAUAAAUAUUUGCUUGCAUCCAGACCUAAAGAGGUGAUCCUUAAAGAUCAUGGCCAUAUCAGCUCUUCUGAUAGAAAUGAUACUUCGCUUUUAGAUGCAUAUUGUCCCAAAGAGAUUUAUUCUCAAUAUAUAAUUCAGAUAGCAGAAAAAAGUUAUACAGUGAUUGAUCAUCCCUCUGAAGUUUAUAAAAUACCUGAUACCCACGAAUGUAUCGAUGGAAACCAGCCUCUUCAUUUAAUAAUCAAUAUUAAUGCAAGGCAAAAGCCUGAUCCUACUAAUUCUAAACUUCCUUCUCUAGAUAGUGAAAAAAUUACUCAAGAAGAUUUGUUAUCUCAAAUUUUAGUUGCUUGUGCAGAUGCAUUAAGCCUUAUUCCAGAAUAUAUUUCUUUCUUAAAUUCUUUUGCUUUAGCAAGUUCAUCAAAUACUGAGAAAUGUAGUUGGCAUAUUAUUUAUCCUCAUGCUCAAUUUGUAGAUUAUAGAGAACUUAAGAGAUUCACAGAAAAGGUUAUAGAAUUAGUUGGGAAACCUUAUUCGAAAUUUAUUAAUAUCAGUUUUCCUAAAACAUAUUUUAAUCUUCAGCUUCUAGGAUCAGCAAAAGAAGGUCGUAUAAAAAGACCUACUAUUUCUUCUGUUAAAAACAGAUUUAAAAAUUUAGAUGAUUAUCUGGUUCAGCCUAAAGAGAAUUAUUCUGUGAUCUGGCUACGAACCUUUUCUGAUGAGAAGCCAGCAGAAGAGGAAUUUAAACAUAUUGAUGAUGAUGAUGCUUUGGUUAAAGGAGCUAAUUUAGUUAUUGAAAAAUAUGG